AUGGCAUCUAGUAACAAUACAGAAACAACAACUGAUACUAUAGAAGUUAUCACACAGCGGGCUUUCACACAAUCAAAUCCAAUAUUUUUACAAACUACUGCUUGCCAAGUGAUCGCUGGACUAUUUGUUUGGACAGCAGUAUUUGUUACAUGUCAACAGAUAUAUUAUCACCUGCGGUGGAAUACGAAUCCAGCCGAACAACGAUGGAUCAUCAGAAUAUUGUUUAUUGUACCUAUUUACGCUCUACACUCGUGGGUCAGUUUGUUGUUCUUCAACAACGAACACUACUACGUGUACUUCUUUACAAUUAGGGAUUGCUACGAAGCUUUCGUGAUAUACAAUUUUAUGAGUUUGUGCUACGAAUAUUUGGGCGGUGAAGGGAACAUAAUGAGCGAAAUUCGUGGGAAACCUAUUCAGUCUAGCUGGCAAUAUGGAACUUGUUGUUUGACAGGACGUACCUACACAAUUGGAUUCCUACGUUUUUGCAAGCAAGCAACACUACAAUUUUGUUUGGUAAAACCUUCAAUGGCUUUUGUCAUUAUAUUCCUGCAAUAUGUUGGACAUUAUCAUGAUGGCGAUUGGAGUAUGAAUGGAGGAUACUUGUAUGUCACGGCCAUUUACAAUAUGUCAGUUAGCUUAGCACUAUAUGGAUUGUUCCUGUUUUAUUUCGCUACUCGAGAUCUCUUAAUACCUUUCGAACCAGUCUUAAAGUUUUGUACCAUAAAGAGUGUGAUAUUCUUAUCAUUCUGGCAAGGUGUAUUACUGGCAGUUUUGGAAAAAGCUAAAUUCAUAGAUCCCGUCAUUGAUUCCAGUGGCCAACCCACUAGUGCCGGUACAGUAUCAGCUGGCUACCAAAACUUUUUAAUAUGCAUUGAGAUGCUUUUUGCUGCAUUGGCCCUAAGAGCUGCAUUUCCGUAUGAGAUAUACGCUAAUAACGCACAAACAGGAACAGGAAAUCCAUCCAAUUCGCGCACAGUUACAAUGCAAAGUAUUUCUAGUAGUUUAAAGGAAACAAUGAAUCCAAAAGAUAUAAUGACGGAUGCCAUACAUAAUUUUCAUCCACAGUAUCAACAAUAUACACAGUAUAGUUCAGGUGGCCAAAAAAACUACGGAUCAAAAAGUGGAAUCAACGACAACAGUGGAAAAUCAAAAACCGCUAAGAAACAAACACCGGUGUAUAAUGAAAAGGCAAUGUUGCUUAGCUCUGACGAAGAAAUACCUUAA